AUGGCGAGGGGAGGAGUUGAUAGGUUAGAGGUGCUUUGGGAGAACUUUCGGCUGUCGAAGGAGGAAAGUCUAGACCUAGAAGUGAAUGAAGUGGAAGACGCGAUGAAGGAUAAAGGAGACCGAAGUCUGGUAGGGAAGGUUUGCUUGGAUAGAGUGAUCGGGAAGGAGAUCCUGUCUUCAAUGAUGGCUAAGAUCUGGAAGAUUAGCAAAGCAGCAGUGUUCCAGGAGGUAGGUACAAACAUUUUUAUUAUUACUUUCCAUACUAUUAUCGAUUUGGAAAAAGUUUGGGAAGGACGACUUUGGCUCUUCGACAAUCAUCUUCUUGCACUCCGGGUGUUUGAUACGGGGGCUCAACCGGGCGCUAUGAAAUUCGAGGAGGAAGUUUUCUGGAUCCAACUCCAUAAUCUUCCUAUGGGGUUCAUGGACGAGUCCAGGGGCUUUCAAAUAGGUGGAUCUGUAGGGAGAGUUUGGGCGGUAGAUGUGCCUCCCGAUGGGGUUGGGUGGGGGAGAUUUCUGAGGGUAAGAGUUGAGGUCCCGUUGAGAAAACCAAUUGCUAGGGGUCGGUUGAUUACUGUAAAUGGGAAGAAGGUGUGGGUGGGCUUCAAGUAUGAGAAGCUACUGAGAAUGUGUUUUACGUGUGGAUGGGUGGUUCAUGGGGAAGAUGGGUGUAAGGGAGGAGGGAGUAUGGAAGCUAUGGAGCCCCAAUUUGGCGCAUGGCUUAGAGCAGAGAAGAAUUUCAUAACAAGAGGUGUAAAACAGAAAUCAAGAUGGGAUUACAGCACUGCAAGAGACUAUGAGCCUGGACCCCAGUAA